AUGGGUGCUGCUUGUGUUCAGCUCCUGUUGGCUGCCACCCUGUGGACGACGCCCUGCAUGAGAGCCACUGCUGCUGCCCCCUCUGAGCUAUCGAGCUCCACAGAGCUGCUCAACACAACUGAGACGCAGACGCAAGCUGUGGGUGCUCCUCUCAGGAGACACAAACGAGCCGUUUCAUCCAGAGAGAUCAACGCCCUGCUGGAUUAUCACAACAGAGUCCGCUCUCAGGUUUUCCCGCCUGCAGCCAAUAUGGAGUUCAUGCUCUGGGACGAGAGUCUCGCUAAGUCAGCUGACUCUUGGGCGUCGCGAUGCGUUUGGGAUCACGGACCGACACAAGCCAUGAAAUACAUCGGACAAAACCUGUCAAUCACCUCAGGAAGGUACCAGUCCAUCACUGAUCUGGUGCGGACUUGGUACGAUGAGAGGAAUCACUUCUCCUACCCAAACAGAUGCCCAGGAUCUGUGUGCUCUCACUACACACAGAUGGUUUGGGCGAGCUCUAACAGAAUGGGAUGUGCCGUCAGAAGAUGCUCAAACAUGUUUGUGUUUGGGAAAACUUGGAGGGAGGCGACGCUGCUCGUCUGCAACUACUCCAUAAAAGGAAACUGGGUGGGAGAGGCUCCCUAUAAGAGCGGCAGGCCUUGUUCUGUCUGUCCGUCGAGCUAUGGCGGCUCCUGCUGGAGAAACCAGUGUUCACCGAACACAAAACACAAAAAACACACGAGAUAAUAACACAAAAGAGAGAUUCAAA